AUGAAGUACCUGCACCUGUCAGGAUGGGUCCUCGAGCCGGAACCGUCGACGUUCGCGCCCAACGCGCGCUGGUCGAACAAGGACAUGGACCCCGUCCCACCGCACCUCCGGACGUGGACGACGCUCAACUACAUCGCGUACUGGAUCUCCGACGCGACCAACGUCGCAGUGUGGGAGCUCGCCUCGAGUAUGCUCACGCUCGGCCUCUCAUGGCGACAGGCACUCCCCGCGAUCGCGGUAGGGCACUGCAUCAUCGCGAGCGUAAUGGUGCUGAACGGGACGAUCGGCGCGCGCCUGCACGUCAGCUUCCCUGUGCUCAACCGCUCGUCGUUCGGAUUCUGGUUCAGCUACUUCAGUGUCAUCAGCCGUGUCGUGCUCUCGCUCUUCUGGUUCGGCAUCCAGACAUACACAGGCUCACAGUGCGUAUAUCAGAUGUUGAAGGCGAUCUGGCCCUCGCUUGCGCACCUCCCGAACCAUCUUCCGAAGAGCGCGAACAUCACGACGUCUGGGAUCAUGUGCUACUUCCUCUACUGGCUCUUCCAAUUCCCAUUCAUGCUCCUCUCUCCACAAAAGAUCCGCUGGGUCUUCGUCGCCCGGGCGAUCAUCGUGCUCCCCGCGUGGAUCGCGAUACUCAUCUGGGCGUUCGUGAAAGUGCCUGCGAGUGAGGGGCUGUUCUCGCAGAAGUCGACACUUUCUGGGAGCGACCUUUCCUGGGCAUGGCUUAGCGCACUAAAUAGUGCACUCGGCAUUUACUCCACUCUGGCAGUGAACAUCCCUGAUUUCACUAGAUAUGCCAAGGACGAGCGAGCGCAAUAUGUGCAACUAAUCAUCAUCCCAAUCGCGUUCACCUUCGUCGGGUUCAUCGGGAUGGCGGUGACGAGCGCGGGCAUCCUGCUGUACGGGCAGGUGCUCUGGGACCCGCUUCUGCUCAUCGACCACUGGGACAACCGCGCUGGGGCAUUCUUCGCGUCCGCUUCGUUCGUGCUCGCGACGAUCGGUACGAACAUCUCUGCGAACUCCCUGUCGGCCGCGAACGACAUGACCGUACUACUCCCACGGUACAUUAACAUCCGCCGCGGGCAGGUGCUCUGCGCGAUCCUCGGCGGGUGGGCGCUAUGCCCGUGGGAGAUCCUCGCGAGCGCGUCUGGGUUCCUAUCAUUCAUGAACGGAUACACGGUCUUUCUCGGGCCCUUCGCCGGGAUCAUGGUCACAGACUACUGGCUCCUCCAUAAGGGUCGCGUCGACGUGCCGUCCAUGUACCGCCCGCACGGGCGGUACCGCUACACCUUUGGCUUUAACUGGCGCGCGGUAUUGGCGAUCGUGUGCUCCGUGCCGCCGAACUUGCCCGGGCUGAUCCACUCAAUCAACACCAAGGUGCCCGUCGGGGGCGCGACGAAGAUCUUCGACUUUGCGUGGAUCUUUGGCUUCACGACGGCGUCAGCGGUGUACUACGUCGCGUCGGUGCUGUUCCCGGCGGAGGAGACGUAUGUGGACGCGGCGAUCCUGCACGAGGACGACGACGAGGGCGAGAGCGAGGUGGAGAGGAAGAGCGUGUUGGGGGACGUGGAGAAAAAGAGCAUGCAGGAGGACGUGGAGGUGGUCAUGGCAUGA